AGUGCGAGAAGAACGGGGUCCAGGCAAGGCAUAGCAAUAUUCAUAUUUAGCAACAACAACAACCUUUACGAAAAUGAUUAUUCCGUGAUGAAAGAGUGGUGAAAUGUGUGGCAGCUUUACCCAAAGACACGGAUGAAAGCACUGGACUGUGAUAUACAGGAUGUGGCCGCGCUCCUCUGGAUCUAUGACAGACGAUGAAGAAGGGGCAGACCUUGUGAAUCCUCCUCUUACCUCCAUUUACUGGCUGAAUCCCAUAUUUUCCCGUUGAAACGCUGAAGUGUUGAAUUGCUCAAAAUAAUGUAGCAAGCGGCUCAGCCUUUAUUUGAGCUCUUUGAAACCCCAUGGGUUUGGUGCAUUGUCUCUUCAGCUUGUCAUUUUGGAUGGGGUUGAGCGCCACACUUCAGUUCACACUCAUUUGUAAAUUAUUAGACCAAUGUGCUGUGUUUGCCCCCUGUCAGUUACCCCAGCUGUGCAAUCACUUCAGCUUUCUGUUGUAUGUUUGAAGUGAUUUGAUCCUUUCAGGAGGAUGAACGGCUCUCUUUUAACCCCGCCCAGCCCGAGGGCGGCAAACUCCUCCCCUUUACCUCCCUCACCCUCCCCAUCUCCGUCUCCACCGUCCCCGUCUUUGCUCCCCCUGUCCCCCCGGCCGCCUCCUCUCCCGCCUCUGGUGAGCCCUCCACCCCAGGCUCACCCGUCCUCCCUCUCAGACACCCCCACGCCCUCCCCUUCACCUUGCCUGAGCUGGACCGAAUUCUGUGAGCUCCACGCCCGCGUUGCGGCCGGCGACUUUGCACGCCACUUUCGGGCUUUCCUCCAGGAAAACCCCCACUACUCACCAGAUUCAGCAGCUGCCUUCUGCCGGCGCUUCACCGACCGAUUCGUUCGUCACUUCCAGAGUGAGCUGGAGGGGGCGCUCCCGCCGAGCUGUGCUUCUGGCAGGGACGAAAUGGUGAGCUGGGCUCCCCAGUCAGAUGUUACUUCCCUUGAAGAGGAGGCGGUGUCACCCCUGUCAGCAACCGGGGGAGCCGUUCUCCCGUGUCCCCCGACUAACAUGACACGGACUUUAUCCAAGCCUGCACCGACACGGCUGGUGCUGGAGAACCGCAGCGGGGACAGGUUUCAAGAUUCGUACGCCCACGGCCACGUCCUGCCGCCAUCGUCCUCAUCGUCAUGCUGCUCCUCAGUGGGAGGGAACAACGGGAGGCGUGAAGAGAGAGGAGCCAUGGUUGCCCCUGGGAACGGGGAGACACCGGUCGAGGAAGAGGAGGACAGCUGGCUCGGGGUGUCGUCUGUUGGGGAGGAUGUUGAGCCAGAAGAGCGGGAAGCAGAGUCCACAGAGGUGGACGGUGCUGACCCCUCCCACACUCCUCAGAUUCCACCUUCCUCAUCCUCCGUCACUCCUCCGCCCGACUCCAAAGGUAACAGCACGCCCAACUCCUCCAAAAACAAACUGAAGAAGCGCUUCUCGCUGCGGAGUGUGGGGCGCAGUGUGCGGGGGAGCGUCCGGGGGAUCCUGCACUGGAGAAGCUCCUCCAGUGACUCGGCCCAGAGCCAGCUGCCCUCCAGCUACAGCUACACCAUGGGUGUGCAGGACGCUAGUUUGGGUUCAACCUCCAAGAGGAACUCUGGUACACAGCCUCCCACCCCCACCUCCUCCAUGCCUGUCUCUCUGUCCAUGCCCCUGUCCCUCCCCCACUCCUCCUCCUCCUCUCUGCCUCCCUCGUCUUCUAGCAGCGCCACCUCUCUGUCUCUGUCGGAGGCCGCCCGGGAUCGCCGGCGGAGCAACGGCGAAGGAGGCGAGAAGGAGAAGUGGAGUCAUCGCCUGGAGAAGCUCAGACUGUCACGAUCCCCUCCCCCUGUCCUCACCCCCUCCGCCGCCGGCUCUCACUCCACCUCCUCCACGCUGCCUCCGAGCAGCGCUGCCGCGGCUGCCAUGGGACCUCCAAGGAAGGUGGGCAGGCUGGUGAGGGAGGGGGGCGUGAGCGUCAGCUCAUCCAACGACGAGUUAAGCGGCAGCCACGGCUUCUCCGGCUUCUCGUUCGGUCUGCUGCACCACGGCGCGGACAACAACAACGCCGCCUCAGCUUCAUCUGCGACGGCUCAGGCUGGUCCGGUGCAGCCUCUGGCCAGCGGAGGGAACGUGCCCUGGAGAGGAGGUCGCUGGCAUAAGUGUCGUCUGGUCCUCAGAGAGCGGGACAGAGAGGGUGGCGAGCGGGGAGAGGAGUACUACCUGGAAUUCUUCAUUCCACCCAAGUCGUCGAAGCCCCGGCUGACUGUCCCCUGCUGCUCAAUCGUGGAUGUGAGGAGCACCACGGCGCUGGAGGUCCCCGACAAGGAGAACACCUUUCUGCUGCAGCUCGACGGCUCGGCGCAGUAUGUGAUCGAGACACGAGACGCUGUUCAGAUGAGAGCCUGGCUGAGUGACAUCAGGAACGGCAUCUGUCUCAGUGAACAGGAAGAUGCUGAAGGUGUGUGUGGGGGCCCGUUAGACAUCAGUGGAACUCCUGAGAUCGUUGACCGUCUUUCACAAGUGUGUUACGGAGGCAUCGGAGGCUCCUCACCUCUGAUGGAUCCUCUCCCGCCGGAGCUGCCGCCUCGUGCUCCUCUCGACGAACCAGACGGCCGGAUUCUCGGGGGAGGCGGAGCUAGUCUGGGCACACCUUUCGCCGAGACGCCAGAUGCCACAGGGUCCUUCCUGUUCUCUGAGGUGACGUCUGCCGAGACGGUGGAGCACCCCCUCAGCGAGUGUCAGUGGUUUCACGGCACCCUGUCCCGCCUCAAAGCUGCUCAGCUGGUGCUGGCCGGAGGCCCGGCGAGCCACGGCGUCUUUCUGGUUCGCCAGAGCGAGACGCGGCGCGGAGAAUAUGUCCUCACCUUUAACUUCCAGGGCAAAGCCAAGCACCUGCGUCUGUCGCUGAACGAGGACGGUCAGUGUCGAGUGCAGCACCUCUGGUUCCAGUCCAUCUUCGACAUGUUGGAGCACUUCCGGGUGCACCCGAUCCCCCUGGAGUCUGGCGGCGCCUCGGACGUCACGCUCAUCAGCUUCGUGGGUGCCACCGCCGUUCGCCAGCCAGACUUGACCAGCAGACCCCGUAGCCCUCCUCAGCCUCCUCCCCUGCCGCCGGGCCGGCCGCCGCCCCCGACUCCACCCCAGGAGAGAGGAAGUGAGACGGAGCAGGCAGGGGGAGGAGGAGCGACUGUGGUGACAAUGGCAGCAACAGGAGGAGGCGGAGGAGGAGGAGGAGCAGCAGGAGGAGGAGGAGGAGGAGGAGGAGGAGGAAGCGGCGGCAGUGGAGGUGGUAGUGGAGGAGGAGUGGAGGACUGGGAGGAGAGGGACAGGGACACUCCUCUCCGCCAACUAGAAGCUGUGGAGGGAGAAGAGAGGGAUGGAGCGAGGGCGCCCCGAGCCAUCGAUAACCAGUACUCCUUCUUCUGAUGAAGGGAAGGCCAGGAGGGGGAGGAGGGAGUGUGCGUGUGUGUGUGUGUGUGUGUGUGUGUGCGUGCGUGCGUGCGUGCGUGCGUGGGUGUGUGUGCGCGCGUGCGUGUGUGUGAGAGCGAAAGUGAGAUCGGAUGAGGCGGCGUACAUCAUAGCCAUUCAUAACCAGUAUUUUUAUUUUGUUAGCAAGAUGGAGGAGAAGAGGAGGAGGAGGAGGAGGAGGAGGUGUAAAAGUACUAACACUAUGCGAGCAGAUGGAGAGACGAGCGAGAGCAGCUUUACGACACUAACCUAGCGGUACAUUACUUUUAUUGUUCUAGUCAGAUAAGCUUUGUUUUUGCCGGUACGCCUCACAGCCGGCUCUUUCCUGUCAGUGAACAGCAGCGAGAGCUCGAGCCCUGUGAAGCCAGCAGCCCCGAUACCUCACCGUGGUCCUGCCGAGACAGCACACGCUAACCAGAGGCCAAACAUACUCUACAGACAACUCUACUGUGGCAGGUUAGACCCCAGACGUCACCUUCACCGCUCGACAGCGUCACAGCAACCGCCAUUUAAAUAAGAACCAAACUCUACGCUGACGUAAACGUUCCUCGUGUAGACAAUUAAAAGGCUAGUUGUGGUUAUUUGACGUGCAGUUCUGUGAGGUCACGUACAGUCAGCGUGUUACCUGCAGUUCAUUCAGGCUACUGGACGGACAAACUGAGACCUUUGCAAACGAUGACGUAGACACCCACGGUCUCUCCUGAUUGGCUCUCGUCAGCCUGGACUACCAGUGGUGAAUAUGGAAACCGUUGAUUUAGAAUAUAUUCAGCUCUUUAUCUUCCCGCCAAAACAAAAUGAAGUUGAGCUCUUCCUGAUUCACUCAGCUGACCUGCUGCUGCGGCCUAAUACAGUGCGUGCUGAAGGUGUGCUUGUGUGUAGGUUGUAGGAAGUUCAGCGGUUGAGAAAAAGGGAAGUGCAGUUUUCACAGGAAGAUAAAGCGCUUUAUAUUCUACAUGAAGAUUCAUCUAAACAGAUAUUGGAUUGUUUCGGUGCACGUUUUGAAAAGUGUCUAAAACGGGUGUUUUCUUCUGGCCCCGCCCACAGCAGCUCAUCACUCUGCUAGUGCAGCGGUCCUCCUGCUGCUUCCUAACUGAACCUCCCGCAGGAAACACUCUGACUGGACACGACGACCUCACACAACCCCACGUCAAACAACCACACCUGUACCUUUAAAGUCAGGAUGACAUCAGCACAUGAUCACGGUCGUGUGUUAGAGCUGCGACACCAAACUGACGGAAAAUGUGAAUUUAAAAUCAACAUGAAACACAAGGUGUGAUUGAAUGUAUAAAGAUAUUAACACUAAUGACGUGAUGUUGUUUUCCACGUGUUGACUGCUUCAGGAGCAGCAGCUGUUUAAAGUUCACACUCGUUCUAACGUCAGUGUUAUUAAACUAGUUCUAACUAGUAGUCACCCAGUAUUUACACCCAGUAACUGCUGCGGUGGAAAGUAACUAAGUACUGUACUCGAGUACAGUUUUGAGGUACUUGUAUUUUACUUGAGUAGUUUCAUUUUAUGCCACUUUUACUCCAUAACAUUUCAAACCAGAGUUACUGGUUACUUUACAAAUUCAGACUGUAAAUAAAAAAAAAACAA